AUGGUUGUAAUUUGCAGCCACUUAAGCUCGUUGCUCAACAUCUUGCUUUACCAUUCCUUCUUCGGACAUUCUCAUGAUCACUGCUUUGGCUUCCCUUCAGAGCAAACCAUAGAGCCAUCGUCGCUCAGCACAGUUCACUACAAACCCGAGCCUUCUGGGACCAGCGACGAGAGUCCUGAGGAGUGUGCUGUGUGUCUAUGCAAGAUUGAGGAAGGAGAUGAGGUUAGAGAACUGAGAUGUGCUCAUCUCUUUCAUAAACAAUGCUUGGACCGGUGGACCGGGUUUCAGCAUGCCACGUGUCCCCUUUGCCGCAGUUUUCUAGCUCCCCCGAGAAGCACCCUAGUGUCCCAUUCCCAGCAGUUUGUUCAAUCGGAAGUGCUGCUAUUCAAGUUCUGUUCUUUCAGUUCGGAUAGUGAUGAUGGAGAUGGAUGGUGGCUGCGAUGA